CACGCAGCUCUGUUACAACAGGACCAAUCAGCACUCGACAGCACACAGUACGAGGAAAGAAUUACAGCAGGUUAAGUUAAGCCACGUUGACCGGUGGGGUAAGAUUAGGAUACCGGUAGCUCACUUUGUCAUUUUAAAGUCAACUUGAAGUUUAUAUAUAUAUACUCUUCAUUCACUUUUUCUAUAAAAAUCUGCCGGAAAUUUUACGAGAAUGAAACUCCUUUUUUUAAUAGUUUACUUAGCAGGUUUUGCUAUUGCCAGUGAUGUGUUAGAUUUGUCAGGGUCUGAUUUUGAAGAUAAAGUCAAAGAACAUGACACAAUGCUUGUGGAAUUUUUUGCACCUUGGUGUGGACAUUGUAAGAGACUUGCUCCGGAGUACGAGAAAGCAGCAACAAAUUUAAAGGAUAACGAUCCUCCUGUACCACUUGCUAAGGUCGAUUGUACCUCAGAUUUUGGGAAGGAAACAUGUAGUAAAUAUGGAGUCAGUGGUUACCCCACACUGAAAAUAUUCAAACAAGGAGAAUUUUCUGCUGAGUAUUCGGGUCCACGACAAGCAG